AUGAAGUUAUUUGGGAGGGUUCGAAAUUUCCUGUCAAACUUCUACACGGGACCGUGGGCCCGACUGUCGUUUGACCAUGCCAAGGGCAGCAAUGAGUCCCGAGUUCAUCGAGGCCGGUACAUCUUCCCAGCGGAGUCAGAGCGUCACGAAGCCACGAUAAUGGGAUUCCCAUCAAGAUGCUCUCUGCCUCCGGAUCAGUAUGAUGCGGUAUGCAAGGAGCUAGCCCAACUGGCUUUGACAAUUGCCGAGUUUGAGCCUGUCCGGCUAUACGUCCGACCUGAAGAUAUUCAAUUGGCCGAGUCACUAGUCAAAGGCGACGGCACAAGCACACCGAAAAUAACACUCAUACCAUGCCCAAUUAAUCAUUGUUGGGUCCGCGACACAGGUCCGGUGUACGUGCGUGACACGACAGGAGCGUUUCCAAACCGUCGUUUUGCAAUCAACUUCCGAUUCAACGAAUGGGGAGAUAAGAAACCUGAAAACGAUGGAAUCUGCUGGGGCCAGCAGUGGCCCGUGAUGAACGACCAGACACUACAAGAGAAUACAAACUUUGCACGGUGGGUAAUUGAACAUGACCGCGAGCCUGUGCCAGUUGAGCGAAUUGACGCACCGAUACGCGCGGAAGGGGGCGGUCUCGUUACGGACGGCGACGGAACCCUCUUAAUCACAGAGAGUAGCAUCGUCUGUGAAGCACGGAACCCGGGGAUGACCAAAGCUGACAUUGAGAUGGAAUUGAAACGGUUGCUCGGGGUUGACAAGGUCAUUUGGUUCCCCGGCCGGCGCAAUGUUGACAUUACCGACGUGCAUAUGGACGCUGAGGCGAGGUUCGUAAGUCCUGGGGUAAUCGCUUACUCCAAGCCUCACGCAGUUUCGAUCGAGCUGUGGCAGGAACUUUCUGCGGAGAUCCGGGAUAUCCUGGGUCGCGAGACGGAUGCGAAGGGUCGGCGGUUGGAAAUCCAUACCAUUGAAGAACCGGACCCACGAGGCUUGAUGACAUCGGAUGAAGAGUUGGCGGCCAGUUAUGUAAACUUCUAUUUUGUCAACGGCGGGCUCAUCAUCCCUAAAUUUGGCGACAAGGAGAGAGAUCAAAGAGCGCUGGAGGUACUUCAAGCGUUAGUGCCGGAGCGAGUUGUGAGGCAAGUGUACGCUAGCGCCAUCCCGCUGACUGGCGGGGUUCUGCACUGCGUCACCCAGCAGGUUCCGGAAAUAUUGUAG